CAGUUCGGGCGCUGUUCACUUUGAAUUGGGUUUAUGUUAAGUGGCGUCUGUUUUUGCGGUGAUUAGUUUUGUUUCAGAAGUUCGCUUUGAUUGGUUUGUUUUGUUUGUAGUCUGUAGAGCGCGAGUUGGAAGAUUCGAUAUGUUACCCAAGAAGAGUAAUAUCCAACAAAAUAAAAAUCAAUCGAAAAAGAAAGUUCGAUUUGACAUGGACAAAAACCAGCUGCAUAAAUUAUUUUUUGUUGAAAGUUAUUCACCGACUGCAGCUUACGAUGGCUCCAACACCGCCAAGAAUUAUAGUGAAGUUCUAGCUAGCGCUUCAGAUGCUCAACCUAAUUCGUCGGAUAGUUUUCGCUUAAGAACAGUACCACAACGUUUCAAUAUGCGCUUAGAAGACUUCCCCGAUUUAUCACAUUCGCUUAAGAUGGCCGCUGAAAGAGAAAUGUCGCUGAGCUCAGUCAAAUUUGAAUCUUCUGAUAUGGAAUUUCCGCCAACAUUAGAUAAGUCGACUUUAUCAGUCGAUAACAUGGAAACAGAAAGCUCAUCAAAUGAAAUGCCUGAACAGAACGAGCCAGCAAAAAAACUGCUUGAUGAUCAAUUUGGUAUGCUUGCGUUAGCAUCGAUGAUAAGGAAUACUAAUCCUGUUCAAACGUUGCUCUGCAAAGGCUUAGACCUUACACAGAUGGGUCUUGAUUUGAAUUGUCCUGACAACUUGCUGACCACUUUCACUGGCGGCUUAGAUGAUAUUUACGGUGUUGAUGACUCUCUAAUUUACCUCCCUAAGGAGUACAAAUUUUCUGGAUAUGUGAGAAGCCAUUUGCAACCUUUAAAUUUUAAAUAUAUGCCGUUAGAAACACUCUUCUACAUAUUCUAUAUGUAUCCAAGGGAUCAAUAUCAAUUACAAUCGGCUGAAGAACUAUAUGAAAGACAGUGGCGUUUUCAUAAAGUCUUGAGGGUUUGGGUUCGCCGCUCGCUGGAUAUCCGUAAGUUCUAUAUUGACAAGACCAUAUUCACGGGUGAAUAUGAGUUUUAUUCUCCUGAAUUAUUUAAAAUAUUCACCCAGAUUACAGCUAUUGACGAGAGUCAGUUUGCUAAGAGAUUUUGUUGA